UAAACCCCAAGACCAAGGUUUUAAAUAGGGUUUUUGGGAGACAGAGAAGACCAACGCUGCGCUCAUCCAUGGCCAACUUCGCAUCUCGAAGCGCUCAGCUCCGAUACUUCCGUCGGUAUCUCUGCUCUCGCGCUCUCAAUCGAUGUUCCUCCACACAGCCAUCAUCCCCACUCAAAUUCUGCAAUCACUUCUCUUCCCAAUCGAUUAUGCCUCUUCGACCUGGAAUCCAGACUCUAAUGAUGCACCAUAGAUAUCUAUGCAGUACAGCUGCUAAAUCUGAUUCUGGGGAAGGGCAAAAAUCGGAUCAGAGCAGUGAUGCCGGAAAAGCUGUUCGAGGCGGGCCUGUUUCAUGGUUGAGCUUUCUUUUGCUGAUUUUCACUGGAGCAGGAUUGGUAUUCUACUAUGAUAAUGAAAAGAAACGACACAUUGAAGAAAUAAAUGCCUCCUCAACUGCAGUAAAAGAGGGACCAUCUGCUGGAAAAGCAGCCAUUGGGGGCCCAUUCAAUCUUAUCAAUGAUGAGGGCAAAAAUGUUACUGAGAAAGACUUUUUUGGAAAAUGGACAUUGAUAUAUUUUGGUUUCACUCACUGCCCUGAUAUCUGCCCAGAUGAGCUAAUAAAGGUGGCUGAUGCAGUUGAUAAGAUAAAGGCAAAAAUAGGGGUUGAUAUUGUGCCUGUUUUCAUCUCAGUUGAUCCUGAGAGAGAUACUGUUGAGCAAGUGCACGAAUAUGUCAAAGAGUUCCAUCCCAACUUAAUUGGAUUAACUGGUAACCCGGAUGAGGUACGGAAAGCUGCUCGUGCUUAUCGAGUUUAUUAUAUGAAGACAGAAGAGGAAGGCUCAGACUACCUUGUAGAUCACUCCAUCAUGAUGUACUUGAUGGGUCCUAAGAUGGAUUUUGUGAAAAAUUUUGGGAAGAAUAAUGAUGUCGAUUCACUUGCUAAUGGGAUAAUCGAAGCCAUGAAGAAAUACAAACCCUAAGAUUACUACUUCAUGGUUGCUUGCUGAAAGACAUUUUUUAGUUCUUGAAUUUUGGAGCAUCGCCUCAGGCAAAAGCACUUACAAUUUUCCCCGGUAUUUAUUUUUGUUUCCUUGCAAAUCUCUGUUGUAGGAGGAUGUUGAUAUGAUAAGUUGGUAAACUCUACCAGAUAUUGGGAAAUUGUUUCGAUAGAUAAAGUUGAUUGUUGAUUACUGUUGGCAUAUAAGUCUCAUAGAUCUGCUUGGGAAGAUCUAGAAAGGCACCAUCUAUUGGAAGAGUUGUUCUUCUCGUCUUAUUUGUUUGA